AUGCCUCAAAGUAAAACACCAAGCAUUCCUUUGUCUUCCAUAAUAUUCUCUCAAAAUUAUUUUUGCGAUGACACAGAUAGCGGAAGGAUUCGGACUGGUUUUCAUUAUGAUAACGAACAGAUUCAUAAAGAUUCUAAAAAUAUAUACAAUAGACUAAGAUCAAUCUACGAGGAUUCUAAAUUUGUCAGCGAAAUUUCAAAUAUGUUUCCGUGUUUACCGGUCAUAGCGAACGAACGUUGUGGAACUUGGUAUAUUGAUCCUCAAAGGUUAUGUGCUGAAAGUGUGUAUUUCAAAUCAACUGAUGGGCAUACAGGAAACUGGGCCUUUAAUAUACGUAGAUUGAAUGCUCAUCUUUUGGAUAUUAUUGUAAAGCACAGUGGAUGCAUAGUUGUUGAUUCUACAAGACGCGGGAAACGUUUACCUGAUGCACUAUCAAAAACCAUUCCAAUCUGGUGUUGUACAAUAAACCUUGCCAUCAAGAAAUAUCGUGAUUCGAUUGGUUUCGAGAGAAAAAAUGAAUUAGAAUCAUUCUUGUUGCAGGAAAAGUCAAGUGAAUGGGAUACAGAAUUUCAUUCACUUUCUUCUGUAAUUUCUAAUUCUGAGCAUUCUCAAAUUGUCUCACUGAUUCCAAAAUUUGCUCAGGACCUUAUUAAUUCAGGAUACAAUAUAGAGUCACUGUCAAACAAAUUAAAAAAACCGUUGAGACCACUAUGGUUUACACCAUCUUCAAAUGUAUUUAUACACGACCUUCCAGACUAUUCCACGGUGUCGUUUUUCCCGGUAAUUUGUCUAAGUGCUUCACAAAUGGUGGAGAUGGGUUCAGAAAGAAGACACGGUUAUCUAUAUGUCCAAGGUUCAGCUGAUGACCAUGAAAUGUGGGCAAUGGGGUUGACGCCAUCAUUGUUUUGGAAACACCACAAGACGAUUUUGAACACGAAUGAUCCCGUGGAAUGCGAAAAAAGAGUGAAGGAAAUUGUAGAUGGGCACCGGAAUACAAAUCCUGAAUUAUUAGUAUCAAAUAUUGAUGCAUCCAAAAAUUUUGAUUUUAUUGGAAAUACAUGUGUUGCUAUAGGGAAUUAUAAGAGUGCGAAUCCAUUAACAUGCUGGACAAUUUUUGACUACAUCAUUAACUGCACACCGGAACCUUAUUCGGAUUCAGAACCCAUACCUUCACCUCCUUAUAGUAAUAAUUACCUUCAACUUUCAAUUCCAGAAGGUAAAAAGGGACAGAACAAUCUAUUCUCAAGUAUUCCGGUUGCUUUGGAAUUUGUCAAAAAACCCCUUGAAGAAAAAAAAAGGAUUUUAAUUCAUUGUAAACAAGGCAUUGAUAGAAGCGUCGGUAUCGGUCUUGCUGUACUGGUGAAAUAUUUUGAUGACGGAGGUGUUUUUAUAAAGGGUGGAGUUGAUAACAAAA